AUGCCUCCAGAAAAAGUAUCCAAGGCUCUGGUGCGGAUCAAUAGUAUGCUGGAUCAAGCUACUACUUCGCAGCAGAACAUUCGGAAGCUAUUGGGGAGUCUGCGGCAUGUUGUAACAUGCAUUCCAUCCGCCAAGCCAUUUCUUCAACAAUUAUCAGGAACACGACCAAUUGACUACAAUAUUUACAUGGAUGCCAGCGAUUUCGGGCUCUGUGCGCUAUUUCCAGCACGAAGGGAGUACCUCCAAGUCGCGUUUAACCCUCAAGAACGGCUGACUAUCUCGGAAUUUCGUUUGAUGGGGAAAGGCGACUACAAUAUCAAUUUACGGGAGCUGAUGAGUGCGGUAUUUGCAUCUAUCGCUUGGGGUAGUUGCUGGUCGGGUGAUGCCAACGACGGCCAUCGUCGUGUUCGCUUCUGGAUUGACAAUACAUCGGCUAUUGCAUGGAAUAACCAUUGCUCCAGUCGAAACUUGGAAGCUCAACGAUUGCUACGAAGUCCCGCCUUACUAGAAGUAAAACAUUUAUUUUUCGUGACAGCUUCGCAUAUAGUAGGAGAGGCCAAUACCAUGGCGGAUGCUGGAUCGAGGACACAGGUCGAGCUACCGACCAACUCAAGGAAUCUCUCGCAAGUUUGGGAGCGUUUCUGCGAGCAAGUGCGCUGGUGGACUCAUCUCGAGAGCACUACCAACGUUACUGGAAACAAUGGACAACCUGGUGUGAGUGGAUGA